GGAAACUGACAAUUAAUGUGUCACGGUCAGCUGAGAGAAGAGUUUGUUGCAUGCCCAUAAUAACACGCAUAUUCGAAGAUGCGUGUUUUUUAACCACGACGUUCGAGUUAUUUUGAUUUUUAUCAAUCCUACCAAAAAACAACAUCAAAAUGGUGGAGCCGAUUUUCGACUAUCAAUUUCGACUGAUUCUCAUCGGUGAUAGUACCGUAGGAAAAAGUUCUUUGCUCAAAUAUUUCACCGAUGGUAAAUUUGCCGAGCUAUCCGAUCCAACGGUUGGAGUAGACUUCUUUGCUCGAUUAAUCGAGGUCAAAGAUGGGACAAGGAUUAAAUUACAACUAUGGGAUACGGCUGGACAAGAAAGAUUUAGGUCUAUUACAAAGUCGUACUAUAGAAAUUCUGUUGGAGCCCUGCUUGUGUACGAUGUUUGUAACCGAACAAGUUUUGAGCACAUACCCCAAUGGAUGAUGGAAGCCCGAAGGCACAUCGAACCCCAUCGUCCGGUAUUUGCACUGGUAGGAUGUAAGGUUGAUUUAGCGAGUAAUGGAGGCAGAAGGGAAGUAUCUAAGGAAGAAGCAAGAGCUUUUGCCGAUGAACACGGUGUUCAUCACAUUGAGACCAGUGCAAAAACUGGGAUCAAUGUCGAAGAGGCAUUUAGAACAGUCACACAAGAAGUUUAUAACAGAAUACAGACUGGUGAGUAUAAAUUGGAAGACGGAUGGGACGGCAUUAAGACUGGAUUUGCUAGACCCGGAGGUUUAGAUUUCAACUUAGUUGAAGCAGAACCAGCUAAAAGUUCUUGUUGUUAAUAAAAUUCUGAAAAUUGCUAUUUUCUUGUAUCAUUUUUGAAGAUAAAAGGUAAAAGAUUUAGCUAAGAAGUAAGUCAGCAGCUAACAAAUGCUUGAACAAGAGAGGGUAAUUUUUUUCUAUUAACAAGUAAUUUAUACAAUCGAUCAAACCUUACCGCAUACUUAUUAUAAAAAUAAAAGACUAACAGUUUACAAGCAUCGAAAUUUGUGGUCAGAAAAUUAUUAUAAAAAUUUUGUAUAUAAUUUGUAUAUAUAAGAAAACUAAUUUGUAUAAUAUUGAAGUAUCAAUAGAUUAAGGUUGGAAAAAAAUUCUUUCUAGAUUUUAUAGGAAAUGCCUUAUAAUAUCUUAAUUAUUUGAAAAAUGAGGCGUGAAGUGUACCGUGCCGUUUUUAGUUGCUCAGAAGAAAAAAAUUUGCCACAGUUGUAUGGUUGAUGUUGCAGUUUUUUUUUUAAAUCUUAUUUUUUUCCUUCUAAGUAGUAAAUUAAUUUAUUUCAUAGACAUGUGAGAAGGAGUUCUACAAUAAUUGAAAAAUAUUCAGAACUUAGCGUGUAAGUGAUCGCGGUAUCGAUUUAACUGUUGAAUUUUUACUAGUGAUGACAACAAAAAAAAAAGAUAUAUAUACAUUUGAUACGUCUGAUCAAGAACUUUUAAGCAAUUACAUAGAAUAUGUAGAUUUUACAAAAACUUGUUAGCCAAAUUUGCAUUAUGGAAAUAGGUAUUUCACAGGUUGGGAUAUAUUUUAUAUAUUCUAAUUUAUUAUUACAAUAUACAUAUAAAAAAUAGAUUAGCUGACACAACCAGAUUUAACUGCACGUUACACGUGCAUGGUGGAAUAGAAUGAUUCAGCAGUAAAGUACAUAGAAAUCAUUGCAUUAUGAAAUAUGUCUAUGCCAAAACAAGAUAUUUCAGUCUUUGUACCGAAGUCAAUGCUAAGGAAAAGAAUAAGAAAUAAAUCGUCUAAAUUACUUUGUCUGAUAUUGUUGUAGAUUACAUGUACUGUACGAAAAAAUAGGGAGCUAGCUUUUGUACACGUUCCUUCAAUUGAUUAAACAACUUAGUUUCAAAGAUUUAUAGUCACAUUCUGAGUACCUAUGUGUUAUGCCAAAUAAAUACGAUUUGUAUUUAUGUA